CCUACUCAUGUCAAUGAUCUCACUACUGUAGACUAAACGGAGUAUAGUAGACUUGUUAGAUAGCAGACAGGCGGCGCACGCGCAACGGCCCAGUAUUACCUCAGUCGUCGCCGCGGUGCCUGACACAUGGUAACAGCAUGUUCCUGCAGUAGCAGCCGUAUCGUAUCCGAUGGUAACGUUCCGGAACGAAUUAACAGCUGUCAGUGUGUAUUGACGUCCUAUUCUGAAAUAAAUUACUGAUUGUUUGAGAUGCCGAAUACUCGUGAAGUUCUAGUGGCCAGGUGCAAAGAAUAUGAAGGCGUUGUGCUCUCUUAUUGUUGUUAAUAUAUUUAUUGUAAUAAAAGUUUUCGCCGAACACAUUGAUACUGAGGACGCGAGAAGAGAUGCGAGAGUGGUGGACACGAGUGACAAUCUAUAUGAACAUACGCGGAAAUUAAUAGUUGUGAAAAAAGACAAAAAUACAAAACCCUUGUAUUCCAAAUGGAGUCGAUGGAGUUAUUGUCAUGGUGGGAAGAAGACCAGGCGGCGACAUUGCCUGCACCGAGAAGUAUGUGGAAGUGCACUACGUUUAGAAAUUGCAAGUUGCAAGAGAACAAACGACAUGCGUCAUGCGACAGUACGAGACAAAGUCAAAAGAAAAUCCGUACAAAUACAAGUGCAUCCACGCCAGUUGAAUGUGGAUGAAAUUCAGAAGAGAUUUCGGGGGUAUUCACCGUGGAGCCCUUGGAGUGUGUGUUCUAGAAAAUGUACUACAGUUAGACGAAGAAUUUGCCAAAGACGGAUGUUUUGUGGUCAAAAAGUAAUAAGGCAAUCCGCUUAUUGCUACUUGGAAGGCAGCUAUUGUCAACAUUGGAUUCGUGGUAGGAUGCAGAGGCGAAAGGACCCAGAAUAUAGAUUAGUGGAGACAAUGUCUGUGCCAGUGCCGGCGAUUCACCCAGAAGAUGUACGCGUAUCGCGUACGACGAUGCCCGGGUGCGGUCGCCUCGGCCGGUACCGCGGCUCACCGACUGCGCGGAUGCGUGCGCGCAUGCAGGACAUGAUGCGCAUCAUAGGCGGCAGGCCAGCUCCACCUGGCAAAUGGCCGUGGCAAGUUGCUGUGCUUAAUCGAUAUAAGGAAGCAUUCUGCGGCGGAACAUUAGUAUCACUACGCUGGGUAGUAACAGCUGCACACUGCGUAAGAAAACGGCUUUAUGUAAGACUGGGAGAAUACGACCUCAUGAUGAAAAACCGUGGGGAAAUGGAGAUGAGGGUUAUCGAAGCUGUUAUACAUCCGUUAUACGACCCUGAUACUGUAGUCAACGACGUGGCCAUGUUACGAUUACCAACAUCAGCGAGACCGGAUCUGGGUCACGGGGUAGCCUGUUUACCUCAUCCGCAACAGUAUUUACCCCCGCACACAAGCUGUAUCAUAUUGGGCUGGGGAAAGAAACGGCCUACAGAUUUGCAUGGUACCAGAGUUCUACAUGAAGCACAGGUUUCCACGAUACAGCAAGGAGUAUGUCGCCGCUCUUACUGGCAAUAUGCGAUCACAGACAAUAUGGUAUGUGCUGGACGCGGUCGCAGAGAUUCUUGUGCGGGCGAUUCGGGUGGGCCUUUACUGUGUCGAGAUCGAAAUAUGCGGUAUUAUUUACAGGGGAUAACGAGUUUUGGCGAUGGUUGCGGGAAACGUGGCAAAUACGGUAUAUACACUCGUACAUCUGGUUAUGUACUUUGGAUGCGAGAUAUUAUAAACAACAAGUAUUUUGAUUGAUGGAACUACACUAUGACAAGAAUACGCAUUAGAGACGCAGUUGCUGUUAACCGCAACUUUAAAGGGCGUUAUACAUACACGGUGAAGAUGCUAUAAUGAAUUAACUUUAAGAUAAAAUAUAGGUAGUUCGCCAUAUAACUUGAUGUGAAUAUUUUCAUUUUAAAAUAGCUUAAGAUAUUCAGUUAUAAGGUAGGUGUAUCGUAACAUAUAUCGUAACGAUACUUAGAUACUGAAAAGCUUUUAUAUAUUAACUUACCCGUGUAUAAUACCUAAAUGUGCUAUAAUAUUUAAAUUAAAGAAACCAUCUUAACAGUAUGUGACGCCCUUAAGAGUUAUGAAAAGAAUUCUGUUUACAAAUUUCUAUUUAUAAAUAAGGAAGCGUGUAAUAAGUUUAUAUUUCAAAUUUAUGUUUGUUUCAUAUUCUGAUACAAAUUAACUUGUUAAUAUUAUCAUAUUUGAUGUAAAAGGAUACUUAUGUUUUUGUUAUAUACAUAUUAUUUAUAUAUCACGUGCAUACAAUAUUUUAUUCAAUAAUAGCUAAUACCAUUUGAUUCUCGUCGUGAUACUUUCGCAGAAAGAAAUUACAAAUGAUAUUGUGGCUCUUCUUUAGGUUAACACAGAUAUGAGACGCGGAUGGAACUUAGGUAAAGGCGCCCUUUAUAUUUUAAGUAGAUACAAAUAUUUGCGGUGGGCACGGGGUACCAGAGUUUGUUAUUGUUUAAAUACCCGUGCUUCAAAAUUAAAUGACGAGGUCUUUUACUGAGUAUGGUUGUAAAGUGCAAAGGCUCGUUACAGUUUCAAGUAAAUUCUAAAAUAAUAUACUAGAUAUAAGAUAAUAUCAUAAAAUAAUAAAAAAACAAAAAUAAAGUCCUAAAGGCCAUAGAUACUAUUAUGAUACACUAACGUUUACGGAAAAAGAGCUUAAUAAAUUUAAAUUAAAUUUUAACAAAGUUAACCAUAAAAUAGACAAUAUUGACAUCAAUUUAGGCUCUAACUAAUUGCUUUAGAACAAUAUUUUGUAUUAAACAUACAAGCAGUAAUAUCGUCAAAUAGGUUUCUUUCCAGAAAAUAUAAAUAAGGUUUUCUUGUAAAAUUAGGAUUUUGCAGUUGUUUCCUUUUUAAUCAAAUACAAUAGGUAAUGUAUAAGAUCAUUGAUUGGACAUGACAAUCUAGAAUAUCUUUUUACUGUUGUUGCCAUACAGUAAUUAUCUUUUUUAUAUCUAUAAAAGAUAAAGUUAUAAUUGCAAUAUAUUAGUAUUUAUUCUUACAAAAGAGUCCUUCAGGGCUAUUAAUAUGUAUUUGUUGUUUACGCUGUAUAAAUACUUUUCAAAUGAAUAUUUAGACAAAUGAAUAUUUGGUUCGUUAAACAAAUAUUUAUUUUCGAGUUCUCUUGUUAUGAAAAAUUACAUCUACUAGUCUACUAUUAGAAAAAUCUUUAUUCAAUCAUUGCGUUUUCUAGUAAUUUAGCAUAAUGUACAAAUUGUAAACACGUUCGGGAAUAAAUAGACAAUACAAAUCAUAAAUACAAUCAUGACAAUUUUUUUUUAAUAGUUGAUAAACACACUAUAAAAUAAUUAAUUUAUGCCCAUAGUAAGAAGGGGUAGGUAGAAAGGGUAGUAUCACAUAUAUUACAAGAUAAGCACUUAUCUAAUUAUAAAAAAUAUAUCAGUUAAAAGUACCCUAUUAUUAUGUUAUUACCAUUAUAUUAAGAAAAGCAAUAGCUAAGAAGUGCGAUUAGAUACAAUAUUGUUAUAAGAUUUAUACGAUGCUAUGUCUGAAAUUCAGUAUAAAGAAUGUCCAGAGCUUAGUUGAUGGGUUAUAUCAUCCCUUCAUACAAUUACAAAUAUUUGAUAAUUUUGUGUAUUUUUUUCGCGGUUUCAUUAUGUUUAGUGAAUAAUGACAUGUAUAUAUAAAAUGUUUUAAUUUUAGAUGGUUGUAAUGUAGUGGAAAAUUUAAGAAGAGAAGGUGGAAAAAGCGUUAUAUCGAGAAAGAGUGAAUACAAAAAGACUGCCAUCAUAGAAUGUAUGGAGAUGAUUGAAAAAGAAUAAUUAUAUUACAUUAGCUUUUAUCCACAACAUCGUUCCCGUUUCCAGGGUAUCUUAAUUAACCGUAAUAAAUAAUAGUCUAUAAUAGUCCUCCUUCAUCCCAUAUAGUACGUGUACAUCAAAUGUCAUGACGAUUGCUCUAAGAGGCAACAAACAUAUAAACACACUCACUUUCUCUCUCUCUCUCUCUCUCUCUCUCUCCACACACACACACACACACAUAGGCACACGCACACGUGUAUAUAUGUAUAUAUAUAUACAUUUAAAAAUUUGUAAGGAUAAAGGCAGGUAUUACAUUGCUUACAUAAAAUAUAAAAUUUAAUACAAUAAUAUUAUUUAUAUCUGUUUAUUGACUAUGCAUAUAUUUUUUUUACUUAGUUCUAGAUAGCUCUAGAACAAUGCCAUGAAUAGACUUAAUUUCAAUUGAGACUACCUUAUCGAGUGUUAACUUUUAGGUAUUUUGUGAUAGUAAUUUGUGCCAGUCAAGUACGUUUUAUUAUACCCAUUAACCGGAGAGAAGUAAGUUAUUGUUAAUAAUUUAGAAUCCUACAUGACAGUAAUUAAGAAAUGCUUUUAAUUAAAAUAUCAGCUUUAGUAUUUGUAAUUUAAGCUAUAAACAGCUAUAAGUAAUUUUAAAGUUAAUGUAGAAGUGUUACACUAGAUUCCUAUUAUAUUUAAUUAUAUAUUUUUACAUGUAAAAGUUAUUUUGAACUUAAAUGAUAUCUUAUAUUUUACAUAAAAUAAACUUAUACAUUCAUAACUAUAAAAAAGUGAAUCUAAAACUGUUGUAAAUAGCAGGAUGCAUUAAUAAAACAUAUAAUAAUAAUAAUAAGUUUAGUGAAAAAAUACAAGACACGUUUUAUAUAAAAUUCGAUACAGAACAAACAUAAAAAUAAAUACACUGUUCUAAAAAACCUCAGUGUCAACAGCUAGUAUUAAAACUUCAACAAAAACAAUAUAUAAUAUUUUAUAAAUUAUAAUGAACGUAUCACAUCCUUUUAUACAGUUUCAUUUCGUUUAUAGAACAAUAUUAAAUUGAAAUCAACAACUGCAAUUUUGAAUGAAACUUGGUGGAAUAUUAAUAAAAUUUAAUAGAUGUUAGCCAAAGCAAAGACGUGAAAGAUCCCAAAAUAAAUGCCAAUUACAAAGGAUUUACUAAAGAUAUUGGAGUCCUUGUCCUUGGGGAUUUUCUGUUUGCAUUGUUUUUGUUUAGAAAUUCAUAUUCAUGCUAAAAGUCUUUUAUAAAAUUGAUUUCCUAUUUUAUUGAUAGAUAUAAAUAUAGAAUAGUACUUGUAAAUUAAAAGAAAUGAUUUAUUAUACAUAUAAAUAACAUUAUAGCCAAAACAUAGAAAGAGAAUGACAGGUACCAUACUUAAUCUAUUUUUAUGGCCGAUUUUUAAACCUGUCAUAUGUGUUGUGACAUAAUAAAUAGAAAGAUACUAUUCUUAAUCUUUGAUAAAAAUAACUAAAAACAUUAUUUCUAGAAAUAUUGCAUAGCACUAUGUGUAUAGUAAUUCAUCUGAGAUUGUUAUAUGCUAUUUUAUUUUUCAAAUAAUUCUCACUUUUUGUCUCUGAGAAAAACAACAAUCAUUAUCUGGUUUCUAUGACUGUGCUCAAAAUAAAACGUCUCAUUUACAACUCAAACAACAAUUUAACUAAUAUUUUGACAUUUGAUAUUUUUUUCGUUUUGUUUUAUUUGAGAAUAUAUCUCUACAUAUAAAUUAUGAUGUAAUGUACCAACAGAAGUUAUAAGAUAUAUUUAUGAAGUCUGUAUAACUUAUAAUUUAAAUAAUUUAUUGUAAUAAAUAUAUAUUUAGAAUUAUUUUCUAUGUGUCAUUACAAUUGUUACUGUAUAUUUUUUAAUUUUUUUAAAGUGAGAACUUUAUAAAU